AUGGAGAAGCACACGUUGGCUCCGCGGGACGUGGAGCAGGCCGCCCCCUCGCACCCGCCCGUUGCGGCUCCCACGCGGGCGGGCAGGGCGACGACCAAGCGCGUUGCCAUUGCAGUGCUCGUUGCUGUCUUCCUGCACGUGGGCUUCUUUCUCCGACACCCGCUCUCGCAUCUGGUCCAAAGUCCAUCGUGCCACCGGCUUCUCGACCAGCUCACCGUCGAGCAGCGCGCGCAGAAGAUCCUGAGGGAGAAUCCACUCAUUGACGGCCACAAUGAUCUCUUGAUAUCGCUUCGUAUGCGAUACAAGAACCUCAUAUAUGGCCAUGAUUUCAAGGAGAAAUUCGAACACGGCGGCUUUCCCCAACACGUCGACUUGCCGCGCCUAGACCAGGGCAUGCAAGGCGGUGCCUUCUGGAGUGCCUUCAUGCCCUGUCCCCCUGGGAACGGAACAGACUUUUCUGAUGAGAAAUAUGCUCCUAUCGUAAAAAUGACCCUAGAGGCCUUGGACACGUACAACCGUCUGGGUCUCGCGUAUCCCAAAUAUUUCACUCUUACCCCCGACAGCUACGCCGCCGAGCAAGCCUUCAAAGCUGGUCGUCUCAUCUCCCCUGUCAUCAUCGAAGGUCUCCACCAAAUUGGCAACUCCAUUUCUACUCUACGCCUAUACCACAGACUUGGCGUUCGAUACGCCACAUUGACCUGGAACUGCCACAACAAGUACGCCGACGCCGCCCUUGAGUCGGACGAAAACUUCGCAGCUAGAAUUGCCACGCCCUAUUGGAAUGGUCUCAGCCCUGCCGGCCGCGACCUCGUACUGGAGAUGAACCGCCUGGGUAUGCUGGUUGAUCUCGCCCAUGUCAGCACCGACACAAUGCGUGAUGUCUUGAUUGGUAACGGCACUGAAGAGUGGAAGGGAAGUAUCGCACCUCCGAUCUUCAGUCACAGUUCUGCAUAUGCUAUAUGUCCACAUCCGCGCAAUGUGCCAGACGAUAUUUUGCACCUUGUCAAAAAGCGCAAUUCCAUUGUCAUGGUCAACUUUAGCCCGGGUUUUGUGUCCUGCAAACCCGGUAAGACGCCAUCUGAUCUCCCCGAAUUUGAUCCAGAAAACUCAACGUUAGACCACGUUGUGAAGCACAUCAAACACAUUGGCGAACUCAUUGGGUAUGACCACGUUGGGCUAGGAACAGACUACGAUGGCAUUGAGUCUACGCCCGAAGGCCUCGAGGACGUGUCAAAAUUCCCUAACCUCGUAGCUGAGCUACUUCGACAGGGCAUCAGUGAAAAGGACGUGGGGAAGAUUGUGGGAAGAAACAUUCUCAGGGUAUGGAAAGAAGCUGACGAGGUAGCUGCGAAGCUGCAGCAGACCGCUACACCGCUUGAAGAUGAUAUACGGAGUCCGUGGUCCUCAGACAAGGACGAACUCUGA